AUGGCUGAGGGUCUGGGACAAGUUAUUUCGUGGUACAUUUGUACCGUCAUUGCGUGCAUCUUCCUGAUUUUGAGAAUAUGGGUUCGUGUGCGCAAGCUUGGACUGUUGGCGAUUGACGAUGGACUCAUUAUCCUGGCGGCGUGUUGUUUGAUCGGUGAUUUAAUCAUCCAGCAGCACAUGUGGAAUUUGGGAAUGGCGGAUAUGGCGAAUGCUUCUCGCGAUGAUUUUAUCCAGAUCAUGAAGAUGAUCGUUCCGGGAUCGAUUCUCUACGUCACCUCGUUAUGGGCCAUCAAGAUUGCUCUAGUUCUCUUCUACAAACGACUUGCUGCGCCCGGAACAAAACUGCAGAUUAUUUACAACGUCACUCUUGGUCUCUUGGUAAUUUUCUGGGCUACCAUCUUCUUCCAUAUCAUUUUCCAAUGCUUCCCGCAUGACAAGAGAUGGUCGCAAGAUCCAAACUAUCAGUGCGACCCGAAGGAGGCAGAGAAGAACUAUUGGUUGACCGUUAUCCUCAACAUCGGUACCGACGUCAUCACCAUCAGUCUUCCUAUCACCAUGGUCAUGAAGCUCCAGAUGAAGACCAAGCAGAAGAUUGGUGUCGCAGCCAUCUUUGCCCUGGGGUUCCUGGUCGUCAUCGCAAGCAUCAUCCGAGCCUACUACUCCAAGAAGAACGAAACUAUGUUGACAUGCACCGUCUCCAUGAUCGAAACAGCCGUCGCCAUUAUCGCAACCUGUCUCCCACCUCUGCGAACACUCUUCCUCGGCCAAAUGUCCUCCGCCCGAUCAGGCUCCAACUACGGACGCUACGAGCUCUCCUCCACGGGCCAGCCACGAUCUCGACGAACGAACCAAAGCCGAAUCGUCACAAAUGUCAUGGGCGGUACACAAAAGCUCGACAACGAUUCACAGGACGAACUAUUCAAGGAGUCUGCGCAUUCAGUGGCGGGACGAAGUACGACUAGUGAUAAGACUCCCGGUAUCACUGUCAACACCACGAUUCACAUGCAUCAUAGCAGCGAGGAGGAGGCGAGACGAUCGCAGGCUAGGCUUGAUAGCUUCGCGUAA